AUGGCUGAAGGCACUUCAGUUAAGGAGUAUUGUCUUAAGAUGAUCUCUAAUCUGAAUACACUGGAAGUUUUAGAUGCCGAUAUUGAUGGAGAAUCCCAAGUGGAUAUGAUCCUCCAGUCACUACCAGAAUCAUUAAAGGAAUUUAGACUUAAUUACACUAUGAACAAAAAGAUUUAUUCAUUGUCUGAAUUAAUGAAUGAAUUGGUAGCAGCGAAAGGCAUUCUUGGUACAUCUAGUGUUGAUGCUAAUAUGGCUAAAGCUUCUACUUCUCAACUUAAGUCGAAAGGCAAGAGUAAAAAGAAGAAGAAGAAGAAGGACUUCACCAAGCAAGAUGGUAAACAAAUGGCCUUAGGAGUUGCCAACAAGGGAAAGAAAAAGGAGUACGCCAAAGGAAAGUGUUUCCAUUGUGGUGAGAAAGGGGUUCUAGGAGACCAGAAAGCUGAAUAA